UCCUUGUCUAAGCUAACUGCUAUUCAAUAAUCACUAGUGUUUGUACGUGUUAAGCUAGAGUUCCUUGCUUCCUACCUUAGUUGAUUGAAACAACACAAUUAACGCGAGAUGAAUUCAGGUCUCUUGUGUUCUGAACUUGAGGUUCUACACCACGUGCCAACCAAUUUCAUUUGGCCAAAGGAGUACUUGGUGGAUGCACAACACGAGCUCCAAGCACCAGUGGUGGACCUUUAUGGCUUUCUCAGAGGGGAUAAUGAGCCUACAAAACAUGCUGCUAAGCUCAUUAGUGAAGCUUGCUCGAAACAUGGCUUCUUCCAAGUGAUCAAUCAUGGGGUUGAUCCACACCUCAUUCGUGAAGCACAUCAUCAAAUGGACACUUUCUUCAAGCUUCCAAUUCAUAGGAAAUUGAGUGUUCAUAAGGUACCUUGUUCCAUGUGGGGUUACUCUGGUGCGCAUGCUCAUCGCUUCUCCUCCAAAUUGCCGUGGAAGGAAACCCUCUCUUUCCCAUAUCAUGACAACACCUCAGAGCCUGUUGUAACAAACUGCUUCAAAUCCACCAUAGGAGAAGACUUUGAACAAGCCGGAUUGACAUUCCAGAAGUACUGCGGAGCCAUGAAGCAGUUGGGAAUGAAACUGAUAGAGCUAUUGGCAAUAAGCUUAGGGGUGGAUCGGUUGUGCUAUAAGGACUUGUUUGAAGAAGGUUGCUCCAUCAUGAGAUGCAACAAUUACCCAUCUUGCCAGCAACCGAGCCUUACACUGGGGACAGGACCGCAUUGUGAUCCAACGUCGUUAACCAUACUUCACCAAGAUCAUGUUGGAGGCCUUCAUGUAUUUGCGGACAACAGGUGGCAAACGGUUCCACCUCGCCUUGAUGCAUUUGUAAUCAACAUUGGAGACACCUUCACGGCAUUAUCAAAUGGGAGAUACAAAAGUUGCCUCCAUAGGGCAGUGGUAAACAAGUACAAAGAGAGGAAGUCCUUGGCGUUCUUUCUGUGCCCCAAAGAAGACAAGUUGGUGAGAGCCCCAGAUGAUAUUGUGAGCAUGGAUGGGAUCAAACACUAUCCCGAUUUUACAUGGUCAGAUUUGCUUCACUUCACACAAAAGCACUACAGAGCAGACCAAGCUACACUGCCAAACUUCAUCAAGUGGUUGCAAUCCUCCAAAACCACACAAACUAGCCAGCUUUUACGCUAACCAACAAAUGAAUCUGUUCUACUACUUUAUUUUGGCAAGAGGUUGUACGUUGAACACAAUAUCGCAUCUAAAUUCUCCCUGUAGUUUAAUUUCCUACGUACACCCGAAAACUUUUUUACCCCAUCACUGGAUGUAUGUUGCAGUUUACAUAUCUAUUCGCCUUUAUCUUUCAUGUUUCUCGGCCCAGUAGUACA